AAAGAGGGGCCGGACAGAGACCGGGUCACAGCAGUGCCCGCUGGCUGCAGUCUGAGCAUCUCCCAGCUGCACCUCUGCUCCUCGAACCCUCUCGCCGGCCAGAUCAUGCAGGGCCCCGUGGUCACCCUCUCCGCCCUCCUUCUCGUUGCGGCUCUCUGCUCCCCGACCUCCUCUGCUCCUGUUGGAACAGACAUCCCCACCAUCUGCUGCUUCUCCUACACCAGCCGCCCGCUGCCCAUCAGGCUCCUGAGUUACUACGAAGAGACCAGCAGCCGCUGCUCCAAGCCGGCCAUCAUAUUCACCACCAAGAAGGGCCGUGAAGUCUGCGCUGACCCCAGCGAGGAAUGGGUCCAGGACAGGAUCCAGGACCUGAAGCACAGCUGAAUGAGGGGGGACAGGUUAAAGGUCAAAGGCCACCAGAAGAAAGGCUUAAAACAAGAACCUCCAUCCUGCUGAUCCCAGACCUGACCUCUACAUGAAUGCUGUCUCUGCUCAGCUGGACUGUUUUUCAAACCUCAAUUUUAAUUUAUUCCCUUUAAUUUAUGUAAAUUAUUUCUGAGUUUCAUUUUAUCUGAGUUUGGAGGGAAGGGGCCUCUGGCAUCCAAGACCCUCCGGAAAGAUUUGAAGAUUCGAAGGCAACCAAUUUUGCCUGGUUGUUGGGGCUAUUUGGGACAGAUUCUGGAAGAAUAAAAUAUUUUUGCUAAUA